AUUUGAUGGCAACUUGUUUAUUGUUAUAUUUUCUUUCCAGUGAUCAUUAAAUUGGGUUCCAUGGAGGCCGCCACCUGCAGGUCAUAUCUUGCAUUGCAGAGCUGGAUCUGCCUUCACAUGACAUUUUCAUCAUCUUGCUCCUUUUCAGCGCCCAGUUCUUGAAUUUAUCCCUGAGCUUGUCCUUCUGGAUGGUCAUUAUUUCGCACUUCAUGUGCUCCAUCUCAGUUUGUAAAGCGUUCCGCUGCAAUAUGGCGGCCCGCAGCUUUUCUUUGUGCAGUUUGAGCGCCGCUUGGCUCUGCUGGUGCUUCUGGGACAGCUGUUUGAGGUUUUUCUUCAGCUCUUCUCCCAACCUUUGACUCCUUUUCAGCUCUUUAGCCUGUUUUAUCAGCUCCAACUGCAUAUACUCUGGAGGCAUUUGUUUGAGUUUCCAUUUUGAUUUCUGUUGGAUUAUUGAAGUUCUUCCUGCUGCCAGCUUUUCCAAAGAGCGUUGACUCAAACUUUUCUCCAGCUUCUUCCUCUCCGUCCACUGUUCCUCAAUCCUCUGGACUUCUUCUUUCAUCUCCUCCACUUCAUUAACAAGGAAGUUCCUCUCUUUCUCCAGCUUUUGCUUCUCCAGCCUCAGAAAUUGGGUCUGGCGCUUCUCCUCCAGGUUUUCGUUCUUAGUCCGGGUCAGGCUUGAUUGCUGGGAAUUGAUCUUCCCACGCAGAUCUGAACAGUCAUUUUGGAGAUUGACCAACUUGCUGCAAAGGACGUCUCUGUCUUUGAUGAGUUGCUCCAGUUGGUCCUUCGCGGUUUGGUGCUCGGCUUUCUGGUUGGCCGCUUGUUGUUUUACAAACAGCAACUCUUUCUUCAACGACUCCAGCUCUUGCUUGAGGACCUCAUUUUUCCUGCGCUCCUUUUUCAAGUCGUUUUCUUGUAAGUAUAUCUUCCUGCCCAUCUCCUCUAUCUGUAUUUUGCACUGCGCCAGCUGGCCCCGGAGGAGCUCUCGGUUUUGGAGAGCUUUGGCGGCUUUUUCCUGGUCAGUUUUAUGCGUGUUUGUGUCAAUAAUCAGAAGCUCAACCUUUUUCAGCAGAGUCUUCUUUUCCUUUUCCAGAGCUAUGUUUCUGCUCUGCAGAUAAGCGAGUUCCCGAUCCACCUCCGGAAGGAUGUGUGACAAAACAUGGUGCUGAUAAGGCGAAAGGUUAAUUCCCUUUUUUAUAUGCUUUCCUUGAAAUUUGACUUUCAGAGUUUGUAAAACCUCCAUUUUAUAUUUCUUUUGCUACACGACACCGACGUUCAUAGCUUUUAAAUUCUCUCGUUGCCUCAGUAAUCAAGGUUACGGUAACGUGACGUCACGUGGGCAAGAUCCGCCAUUUCCGGUGGUUAUUUUUUAUAUUGUUUUAUCAGUGUAUUCUGAUAUUCCUGAUUGUGUUAAACACCUUUUAUGUAGUGUUGUGUUCGAAAUAAAGCACUACAUUAAAGACAAAUGAACAAACAAAAAAUCUAUCUGUACAGGUGUUACACUAUAAUCUGUGACCACCGGAUUUUGUGACCGUAUGAGGCGGAUAUAAACGUAUAAACCGUUUUUUCACCGCAGUCUGAACGACCCAAUCCAUCAAUGUUUAAACGGAUUUGUAGGAUUUGUAAAGGACGUACGAACUGUGAAUAACAAGGUUCUGAUGACUGGCAGAGAUGUUGACAUCAGUUUGCAGGGGCACAACACGCUCCAGUUCAGAGCUCAGGGUCAUGGAGCUAAAGGAGACAACCAGUAUGAGUUCAGCCUGGAGUUCCUGGAACCAGUAAAACCAGAGAUCCACCAAAAGUCGACGCAGCGCCAGGUGGACAUUAAGAUCCGGAAGCGGGUCGAGCGCUGGUGGGAGCGGCUGACGCUGCGGGAGAAGAAGCCGCUGUUUCUGGCUCCGGACUUCGACCGCUGGUUGGAUGAGUCGGAUGCCGAGAUGGAGCUCCAGGCCAAGGAGGAGAAAAUCAACAAGAUCAGCGUGGAGUCGAGAGUUCGUAAAGAUCCCUACAUCGGCCUGAAGAAGGGAUACUUGUUCAUGUACAACCUGGUGCAGUUCCUGGGAUUCUCCUGGAUCUUCGUCAACAUGACCGUUCGACUCUUCAUCCUCGGUCAAGACUCGUUCUACGACACCUUCCACACCACGGCGGACAUGAUGUAUUUCUGCCAGAUGAUGGCCGUGCUGGAGGUCGUCAACCCCUUACUGGGUCUGGUUAAAACCGGAUUCUUCCCUGCGAUGAUCCAGGUGGCGGGGAGGAACGUCAUUUUGUUCGUCGUCUUCGGCUGCCUGGACGAGAUGCAGAACAAGGCCGUGGUGUUCUUUGUCUUCUACCUGUGGAGCUCCAUCGAGAUCUUCAGAUAUCCGUUCUACAUGCUGGCCUGCAUCGGCACGGACUGGAAGCUGCUGACGUGGCUCAGGUACAGCCUGUGGAUCCCUCUGUACCCGCUGGGGGUAGUAGCUGAAGCGGUGGCUGUGAUCCAGUCCCUGCCCAUCUUUGACGAGACGCGUCUGUUCAGCGUCCCGCUGCCCUCCGCGCUCGGACACUCGUUAAGUUUCUCCUACACGCUGCAGCUCUACCUGGUCCUCAUGUUUCUGGGACUCUUCAUUAACUUCAGACAUCUGUACAAGCAGAGACAGAGACGCUACCGAUCCAGGAAAAGGAAAAUCCACUAACGGAUCCACUUCCUGUCUUUGCUCUCGCCUGAUCAGGGGUUUGGUUUCGCUCUCAAUGCCUUUUCUUCCACUUCACACUUUAUCCUUUGAAGUCCUGCUCUCACUGAUGAGAUGUGAAUUUAUUGGUUAUUAUUUAUUUAAAGGAGCAAAUGCUAAGUUUAAAACCCACUGAAGGACAUAAAAAGUUUUUAUUUUAAAUAUGAUUGAAUCUGAUUGUUUUAGGUUUUG